UUAACAGGUGACAAACCCGAAGAGAGAAAAAAAAAAAGGGGCAGUGGCUGAAAGCAGUGCGACUUAUAAAAAGUAGGAGCAAGCGUUCAGAAUGAGAUCAAUCGUUUUUCGGUUACUGUGCUGCAAUCACUGUGCUCAAACAUCGGCCAAGAAAAUGUGUCGUUCGUUCAGCUUAGUUUUCACGUUAAUGUUUAUGGGCGGGAUGAUGGUCAGCUGUGCACCAGCAGAAACUCGAACGACAUAUCCGAACACUUUUUUCAGAAACAAAUCGACUCCGUCCUACUCCGCAAAACCGACGACCGACUACAAACCAGUUCCAACGGUCACCUUUAAACCGACUGUUCCAUCAGUGACAACCAAGAAGCCAACAACGAUCGUGCCUACUUACAAAGCGGUAACUGUGCUUCCGACGACGACGUACAAGCCCGUCACAUCCCCACAAUCAAAGGCUCCCAUCGUUGCAUCGUACGCGAAAAACACUUUUUUCAAACCCAAAUCGGCGGGAACGUCUUUAGAAAAACCGACCAAAGCACCAGCCGUGACGAAGUAUACUCCUCCGUCAGCUGGAAACAACGUCCAGUCUGAUCCAUCGGAAAAGGGGAAGACCGAAUUAUACGCCAACACGUUUUUCAAGAAGAAGCUGAAGGCAUCUGUGGAUACCAACUACAACAAGGUAACAACAGCCGCGACAACAACGAAGUCGGUGGUAAUUAGUCCAGUGAAAAUCUCUGAGCCAGUUAACGAAGGUGGUGUGAAACCAGCGAAGAAAGUGUCGUACACCAAUACCUAUUUCAAGGAGAAGCCGGCCAUUGUUCCCACUCAAGUCCCUACGUUGGAUAAUCACGCGGCCAAGUUGAGCUCCAAUGAUUCGUCGUCAGAGGAAUCGUCGUCGUCAGAGGAAUCGUCGCAAGAAAGUCGUGGAUUAGGAAGUUCAUCGGAAUCGUCGGAAGAAACAUCGGAAGAGGGGGGUACGUCCGAGGAGAAAGGCGAGGAAGAGGCAUCGCAAGAAGGUGAAGAGAACGAGGAGGGAAAUGAAUCGAACGAGGAGGAAAAGGAAGAUGACAAGGAAAAUGUCGAGGGAAAGGAAGAAGAUAAAAAAGAAGACGAAAAAAUAAUUAAAAAUGAAGAACCCAAGGAUAAAGUGGACGUCAAAUCGGUACAGAAACCAACUGGAAUUUUGCCUUCUCCUAAGCCUACCGUCAACGGCGUUCAAAGCGUUCACGAGAAGAAUAAGGAGACGAAACCAGUGUUUUUGGCAUUUAAAAAGAUGAGGUCGAAACCGAACUCUGCAUAAAUUAUUCCACCUGCCACACGAAGACAUUCGUAUAGAAUUCGACGGAAAAGGAUGCUCAAUGAAGAUUCUUUAUGCUUUUACUAUUUGGCCAUAAUUUUAUUUCAUAAUUUAUUUUACCUCAAUUAGAACAUAAUCUACAGUAUUUAUUAGCAUAAAAUUAUUGUCGGCCAUUAGUCCGAUUCUUUGUAGUUCAGACGUAUAUUCUUCUUAGUAGCCCCGUAGAUUUUUUUUUUUUAAAGGCUAAAGGUUUAAAAAAGUGCAAUUGAUCAAAUAAAUAUCUACUAUAUUGUAAAGAGCUUAGGCUGAAUAAAAAGCCACGAGAAACGAUUGCGUCUAUUCAGUGUGUAACGAUAUCUUUUUUAUUGUGGUCUCGGUCUGUGUAACAAGAGCGGUAAAAUCUCGAAAGUCUCGUUAUGGUCAAUACAGUUUCUUAAUGACCCACA